AUGUUGAGAAAAUGUUAUGAACAGCAGGCCAUCGUCAAGGAACAGAUACAGAAAUUUAUUGACACUUCGUCCAAUGACCAAGAAAUUUAUGACAAGUUGCAUGACCUCUUCCAAAAUAAGGUAUUUAAAUCUAGAGAAUAUUUGAAAGAAAAUCCAGUGAACGUUACGAAAAUGAGUACGGACAGAAGUACUGACACUUCAUACAGAAGUAGCAAUCGCUCUAGCAAAAUUAAGGAGCUUAUUCCAAAAUCUUUGAAAGUCCGUAACAUGCUUGACAUUGGAUGCUCUGAAGGAUCAAUCACGCAGGCUAUUGGGCAUGAACUUGGAUUAACAAAAGAAAAUAUUCAUGGUUGUGAUGUGAGGGACAUUGGAAAAACCUAUACCAAUGAUUUUACUUUCCAUCUUAUAAGCGAGCAAUCUAAUCAUCUACCUUUCGAAAACAAUUCAUUUUCACUUGUGACAGCACUCAUGUCUUUUCAUCACAUCAAAAACGUGCAAGAAACAAUCAAAGAGGUUUACAGAAUUUUAGAGCCAGGAGGGGUUCUAAUCAUUCGAGAGCACGACUGUUCUCCUCCUGAAGUUUCUCUAACUCUCGAUAUCAUGCAUGGAUUAUAUUCACUGGUUUGGAGUUCUCCUCGAGAGAUGCCCAAUUUUUGUUCUGAAUACUUUGCCGAAUAUCGAUCCAGCGAUGAAUGGACAGAGUUAAUCACUGAGCCCAUCGUUGUUGACCAAAAAGAAGACACAGAAACAAUCGCUCAGAGUAGUACCACUGAGAAAAAACAAGGUUUCAAACUGGAAUACUGUGAAGAUUUAUCGACAUUCAGCGCACCAAAACAGUCAAACUCACGUUAUGGAAGAAAAAACUAUGAAGGUGAACCAGACAUCAAAAAUCCUUUUCGCUCCUACCAUGCAGUGUACAUUAAAGGAAAAGAUUGA